AUGGUUGAGAAUUAUUCAAAAUAUAUUAUAAUUCUAUGGAUAAUAAUUCAAUAUUUCAUGGUUAUACAUUGCCAAACUAUACCUUUCAAACCAUCACAGCGAUAUAGUCAUACUGCCACACUCAUUGAAGAUAAAUUGUAUAUUCUAGGUGGUCAAAAUGAUUUAAUUACGAAUAAUGGAGUUGGAAAAGAAUUUUUUUAUCUUGAUGUUUCCGUACCAUUUAAUGUUCAAGAUAUAUUAUGGCAUGAUUUGACAAGCGUUAAUAUAGUCCCAGCACAUUAUUCCGCCGCAUCUGUUAAAGGUGGUGCAUAUAAUAAUAAUUUGAUUUUAUAUGGAGGAAUUCAACAUAAAGGUGUAGAAAUGGCUUUAGUUUAUAAAUAUGAUACUCAAAACAAUUCAUGGAGCGUUCCAAUCACAACUGGUUACAAUGUUACUAGAAAAGCUAACUUAAAAGGCGUCGUAAAUGUUAGUGCGAAAAUGUACUUAUUCGGUGGAAGUAGUGAUAAAAUUCUUUUAAACGAUAUGCUUAUUAUAGAUACAAUAAAUUAUAAUAUGACUACAGGUGUUAUGAAUAAUGCGCCUUCUCCAAGAAGUUCUUAUGGUGCAACUAUAUUGACAAAUCAUGUCAUUAUUUAUUUUGUUUUGGAAUUGACUGCCCAAAGCAAUAGUAUUAGUAAUUAUAAACAAUUUAUGAUCCCUUACCCACAAAUCCCUGCCAAUAAUAUGUAUUACCAAGAGCAACAAAUUCCUAUAACCGACGCUGCCUACUUUUAUGGACAACAAAUGAUUCCAAUACAUGAAAAUAUUAACGAAACAAUAGCGACUUCAAGUGGUAUAGAGCAACAAAUGCCAAUAACCGACGCUGCCUACUUUUAUGGACAACAAAUGGUUCCAAUACAUGAAAAUAUUAACGAAACAAUAGCAUCUCCAAGUGGUAUAGAGCAACAAAUGCCAAUAACCGACGCUGCCUACUUUUAUGGACAACAAAUGAUUCCGAUACAUGAAAAUCAUAACGAAACAAUAGCAACUUCAAGUGGCAAUAACCAAAUGUCAUCAGCGCAAAAUAUUGAUAUAGUUUUAGAAAAUUUUAAACAUGAUAUGAUUCAGGUAGUUAGACAAGAAAUCAAUAGAAACGGUAAAUAA